AUGCCGGUUUUGGCACCACUAAUUGUUUUCUUUGCGCUGCUCUGUUCAAUAUCUGGGCGCGCGUCCGGAUGCCCUCUCCGUUGCGAAUGCUCAGAAGCCGCGCACACCGUCAAGUGUGUUUCCAAAUAUUUGCGGAGUGUCCCGUCCGGGAUACCAGGGUACACGAGGAAUCUGUUUAUAACGGGAAAUCAGAUAAGCAGAAUUGGACCAGAAUCGUUCAAAGGGCUGGACAAUUUAACCACGUUGUCACUGAGUAACAACAGGAUAACAGAGGUAGAGUCUCAGACGUUUUCUGGACUGCGUUCCCUCCGCUCUCUGGACCUGAGCUCCAACCAGCUGACUGUGAUCAACCCAGAGGCCUUCACUGUUCCGGGCCACACCCUCAGGGAGCUCAACCUCAGCCGAGCUCUCUACAACCACUCCUCUGUCAUGGACCUGGCUGUGUCUCUUCGCUGGUCCACCCUGGGGGAGAUCCGGACCCUGGACCUGUCAGGGAACAGCCUGAUCUACCUGCCCUCUCACACCUUCUCCUACAUGGGGGGUCUGCGGAGGCUCAUCCUGGCCAACAACUCCCUGGUGGCCCUCCACAAUGGCACCUUCUCUGGGCUGGACUCUCUGGAGCAGCUGGAUCUGACCUUCAACGCUCUGCGGACCAUCCAGGAGGAGGGCCUGGCUGAGCUUGACUCGCUGUGUCCCGGGGCGAGACUCAUUCUAGGGGAGAACCCCUGGACCUGUAUCUGUGGCAUGGAGCCCUUCGCUGCCUGGCUCAACUCCUCCCAGGGACAUGUGGGGGACGCAGAGAGCCUGGUGUGUGCCUUCCCCCCAGGCAUGAGGAACAUCUCUCUGCUGAGGCUGGCGGCUGGGGUGGCUGGACAGGCUGGGGUGGGCGGGGACAGGGUGGCGCUGGGGUGCCAAAGGGUGGAUGAGGGGGCGGACCUGGCCCUCCAGACUUCCUACGUGUUCCUUGGGAUCGUCCUGGGCUUCGUGGGACUCGUCUUCCUCUUGGUCCUCUACCUCAACCGGCAGGGCAUCAAGAAGAGGAUCAAUGACAUGCGGGAAGCAUGCACAGAGGUGUUGGAGGGAUACCACUACCGCUACGAGCUCGAUUCCGACCCCAGGCUCUCUCAGGUCUCCACCACAGCAGACAUUUGAUGAUAUCAAGACACUCAAGGGGCUUCCAUGAUCCUUCUUUCAUAAUUGAAAACAUUAGACUUUUUUUCUAUUGCAUUUAUAGAGAAGAUAAUGUAAAAACUGUACAUAUGAAUUGUCUGUAAAUAUAAACAUACAGUAAGUAUAUAACUGGGCAUUGCUAUUGUUUUCCCAGUAGCUAUGUCCAUGAUUAAAGCAUGCACCGUCUGUCUGAUCUGUAUUCCUUCUCAACCAGUCCUCCCUUUUAGUCCACACAUCGUCUGAGACUAGGGAUUACCCCUGGCUAACAAAUAAAGGGGCAUGGACUGUGAAAGAGAACUGUUGUAUGGAUGGGGGACUGACUGACUGUUCUUCUACAUAGAUUUUCCCCUCUUAAAAGAGGUGCUUCUCUGUCUGUCCUAGAGUGAAGUGUCACGUGAA